GCAACAUCCCGUGAGAGAAGAAAGGAGAGAGGUGCUCUAAUGGCGGUCUCAAGGUGACAGCUUUGUGAGAGAAUCCAAGCCCACUUGAGUGGUCUCCGCUUUCCCCCUCAUUAUUCCUGAAGGAGAGUGACGAACCCAUUUGGGUCAAUGCGCUUUCUUUGAUGUUCCCGUCCAUGAAUGGGAGCGAAAAAAGGGAAGGAAAAGAGCGAAUUAUCCCAAGUUCUUUCUCUAUUUUGACCAUGUUCUCUCCAUUGUGAGAACCGGGAAUCGUUGCAUGUUUGAUACUGCUCUUCUUCGUGUCUGAUUCCACGGACAAAAGUCAAAAAAAUUCCAUCUUUUCCGGUUUUUUCUGUGUUCCCCUGUUCUGCUGUCGUAGAGAACAGUAGGUUUUUGGAGAUUAUUGUUGGAUUUAAAGGGCUCGGCCGGGAAGUCUGCGACGCGGGACGUGAAGAUGAUCGAUCUACUGCCGGAUUCCGACAGCGAGAUCGGUUCCGAAACGCUAAAUUCCAGCCAGAGCUCCAUGAGCGGCGGGAGCUGCGACCGCAGCAGCAGCGUCUCCCGCCUCUCCUUCGACGGCGCCGCAGCGCUGGCCGCCGACCACCGCCCCUGCUCGCCCUCCGGGCUGACCACGAAGCCGCACCGCUCGUCGGACCCCGCGUGGGUGGCGAUCCGGUCGCGGCUCCCGGCACGGCUCGGUCCCCGGGACUUCAAGUUGGUCCGUCGAAUCGGGAGCGGCGACAUCGGGACCGUCUUUCUCUGCCGGCUCCGGGAGGAGCGGCGGUGCCCGGAGGUGGCGCCGGUGUGCGAGUACGCUAUGAAGGUCGUGGACCAGCUGGCGCUGGCGAAGAAGAAUAAGCUGGAGAGGGCGGCGACGGAGAAGAGGAUUCUGAGGAUUCUCGACCACCCUUUUUUGCCGACUUUGUACGCCGACUUCGACGCGUCGCCACAUUUCUCGUGCGUGGUGAUGGAGUACUGCAGCGGCGGCGAUCUCCACACCCUUCGCCACCGCCAGCCCGGCCUCCGCUUCUCCGUCACCGCCGCCAGGUUCUACGCGGCGGAAGUACUGCUGGCCUUGGAGUACCUCCACAUGCUGGGAAUCGUGUACCGCGACCUCAAGCCCGAGAACAUCCUCAUCCGAUCCGACGGCCACAUCAUGCUCUCCGAUUUCGACCUCUCCCUCCAGUCCACCGCAUCUCCCACCGUCGAACCGCUGGACCCCACAGCCCCCGAUCCCUCCUGCCUCCCCCACCGCCUCUUCCGUGCCCGCAGGCCGCUCGGUUCUCUCCCGGACCGGCGAUUCGUCGCCGAGCCGCUCGCGGCCCGGUCUGGCUCCUUCGUCGGGACACACGAGUACGUCGCCCCGGAGGUCGCCUCCGGCCUGACCCACGGCAGCGCCGUCGACUGGUGGGCCUACGGCGUCUUCCUCUACGAGCUCCUCUACGGCCGCACCCCGUUCGCCGGGCCCACCAACGAAGCCACCCUCCGCAACAUCGUCAAGCAGCCCCUCGCCUUCCCCGCGGCUCGUGGCCCGGCCGACUCCGCCGCCCGGGACCUCAUCUCCGGUCUGCUCGUCAAGGACCCGGCCUCGCGGCUCGGUUCGAGACGGGGAGCCGCCGACGUCAAAGCCCAUCCGUUCUUCAAAGGCCUGAACCUGGCUCUCCUCCGCUCCUCUCGGCCUCCGGUGAUCCCCUGUCCGGCCAGGGCCAAACCGUGCCGCGAGCGCCAGGAGCCGGUCCGGUUCGACUAUUUCUAAUACGAACCGAACCGGCCACGGGCUCCGGCUGUUCUCAACCCAGGAAACGGGCUGACGUAGUUUUCCUGGUUUGUACUGGCGCACGUGAUCUUAAGACCCAAUGGGGGGUUGCCACGUAUGGAAGACUUGCUGGCUCCAUCUAGUUAUUAUUAUAUCAGGAGACAGGAGUUGGAAUUUUUCCUCGCCCGUUCUUUCUUUGUUCCCUCCGUGGAGUAGAAAAGAAUUCAGGAACGUACGGGGAUGUGUGGGGGGUUAAUUAUUAUUAAGCUUCAGAAUGUA